AUUUAGUACGUUUUUGGGAGAUUUUUGAUAUACAAUUAUUUAUUCAACGUUUGGAAAUUGAUGCGUUCGUAUGGAUUGAACGACGUUAACCACCGUGACCGCCAAAUCGGACCACAUGACUCGUUAACCGUUAAACAAAAAAAAUCAAGAUGGUGGACACACAGCAUUUUUGCCUCCGGUGGAACAACUACCAAAGCAGCAUCACCAGCGCUUUCGAGAACCUUCGGGAUGACGAGGACUUCGUGGACGUCACUCUUGCCUGCGACGGGAAGAGUCUGAAGGCCCACAGAGUGGUUCUUUCUGCCUGCAGCCCGUAUUUCAGAGAACUCUUGAAGUCGACGCCAUGCAAGCACCCCGUGAUCGUGCUGCAAGACGUGGCGUUCACGGACCUCCACGCCCUGGUGGAGUUCAUCUACCACGGCGAAGUCAACGUGCACCAGCGGUCGCUGUCCUCCUUCCUCAAAACCGCCGAGGUGCUGCGCGUGUCAGGACUCACGCAGAACGAGGAUGUGCAGGUGCCGCUGCUGCAAACGGUGCGCGCCACCACCACCGCUCCGUCGCCGCACACGCCGCCGCACCCCGCGCACACCCCGCACCCCGCCCACACGCCCAGCUACUCCGAGAAGCUGGAGGAGGCGCUGACCAUCCCGCCCAGCCACGGCAUGCGCCGCAUCCCGCUGCCGCCACGCCGCAUGAGCCGAUCCGCCGACAACUCGCCUGACGUCAUCAAGCGCCCGCGCCACGACAACAACAAUGACCAGCCCCAAAUCCACGACUUCUCCACAAAGAACCACUCCCUGGUGAACAACACUCGCGCCCACGAGUCCGGCAACAAUGGGAACGGAAUCUCCAACAGCAGCUCGUCGCCGUCGCCGCGGCUGAUGGACGAGGUCAAGAACGAACCCCUGGACAUGAUCUGCGUGCCAAACGCCGACAUCGAUAGGAGCACGGACGACACGCCGCCGCACCACCAUCGGACGCUGGGAGGCCCGCCAUCCCGCGGCAGCUCAGCCGAAGCCGACGACCGCACGCCCCCACCACAGAUGCCACCUUCGCCAUUCGUCCCGCCAUCGGACACGAAAUUCCCGCCUUACCAUUUCAGCAUGGCGCCACUCUCUGAUACAUCUCUCUCUGGGUUGGUGAAUCCUCUGGUGUCAGACAGCAUGGCAAGCACGUCUCAAGGUGGCGCCCGCACCCCCCAAGAAGAUUACAGAUGCGAGCCCUGUAACAAGAGUUUGUCUUCCCUGACGCGGCUCAAACGGCAUAUUCAGAACGUUCACAUGCGACCCUCCAGGGAGCCAGUGUGUAACAUUUGCCGGCGCGUAUACUCCAGCCUGAACAGCCUCAGGAACCACAAGUCCAUCUACCACCGCAAGCAGCAGCAGCCGCCCGCAAGCUCGGCCGGCCCCUUCUACCCCGUCAACUGACGCGCGGCCCGCCGCCGCCCCGCCCCGUUGCCAUACGCACGCACGAUGCCAUUCGAAGAAACCAAGCUGCCAUCCUAACCACCUAAACGCCAUAGUCUUGCCCGUAGACCUGUGUUAAGUUAAAAUAUGUAACGCGAUAUGUUCCUAACAUUUGUACAUAGCAUAGUUAUACAUGUACUUGCAUGCGCAUCGCAGACUUCUAUCAUAUAUAUUGUAUCUAUAACUUAUAUCUUACGCUUACGUGCGAGCGUAGACCGCCGGUAUCGUCGCGUUCUGGAUAGGUACCGGACGGCGCUACGCUUGCACGAGACGUCUCACCUAUCUGGAACCAAUUGGGACAUCUAUGAUCGGUACACACAUAACCACCAACGUAAAGUGAGCGCAUUAGUCAAUUUUGUACACGUUGAAUUGCCUCUACAGCCCAUUCUAAAUUUCAAAGUUAGCGGUACGAUUUGUGCCAAUUGGUUCCUUCGAUAUGGGACCCGUUGGAUGCGAGCGGUCGCAGUGGUGUUGGAUACGACGCCGGAGGCGAGGCGUUGACUAAUGCGCUAAUGUUGGUUGUUAUGUGUGGCGCAGUGGGCCCGCUGGGGGCGGGCCACCGCUGCGAGGUGUGCGGCAAGCUGCUGUCCACGCGGCUGACGCUGAAGCGGCACACGGAGCAGCAGCACCUGCAGCCGCUGCACUCGGCGCGCUGCUCGCUGUGCCACAAGGUGUUCCGAACGCUCAACUCGCUCAACAACCAUAAGAGCAUCUACCACCGGCGCCAGCGCGGCCUGCCGCAGCAGACGCAGCCACAGAACCUCACCACCGCCGACGCCAAGAUCACCCCUCCCCACCACAACAUCGACUUCUACAAGUUCAAAGAUCAGUUCAACGUCUAAACGGGCGUGAUUCGAAUUUUAUUUUUACACUUAAAUAAUUACUUUAGAACGGGAUUCGUUGAUAUAUUUUAUGUUAAUACUUUUUAGAUUUAUAUUUUACAAAAUGUUUAUUUUCUAUUUUAAUCAACUUUGAACUUGUAAAUGAUCUUGAUAGGAUUGAGUAUACGACUCUACAUCACACGAGUUCGACUCGAGCAUCUCAUGGCUUAGACAUUCCAGUUGUUAGGAGGGCGACUGAUCGUUGUUACUGUGUGGGUAGACCGGAGCCCGGAUCGACCUCGACACGCCCCAUGUGCAAUACUGCGGUACGUGACAAUUCCUGACUUUUUACACUAUGUUUAAUGUGUGACAAUAAGGCGAAGAGAAAAAAAUAUUUUGAGAAGAUGAAAAAUCUUGGUGCUGUAAAUUUAUAUAUUAGGCUUAAAUUUAUAAAAAAAGAACAGUGUUCGAGUAAGUAACAAAAGAGGCAUAUUGUUUUCAAGAUUGUGUUCAUUUUUCGGCGUUUUGCAAUUUAAUUAUUCUGUAUUUACCUGCAUGAUCUCACUCUUAGAUAUUUAUACGAGAUUACUAAAACUAUUUUAAAAAAAUAUUAAAAUUAUAUACUUACACAGAUAUAUAAUUGGCUUAUGAGGCUUUUCAAAUUAUACUUUUUAUAUUUAGGUGUUGUUUUGUUCAUUGAAUUUAAGACUGACGAGUUCGAAGCACCAAUAGAACGAAAAAUUGAAUUUUUUUUCUUCAAAUCUCCACCCGCAGAAGCACAGUCACAGCAGAAAUAAACCGGAUAUACAAUAGCCCAACACAACCAGACAUACACACACAAGCAUACUACCAAUAUGCAUACUUAUACAAUGUAAACUUAUACAUCAAUUUGUCAAUUUGCUUUUUAUUUCCGAAGUUGACUUUUAUUUUUCUAUUUUUUUUUUAAUUUCUGGUGAUUUUUAGGCUCGCGCCUAUCGUUGCUGUCUGUACUUUUUAUUUAAAUAAUAAUAUCGCCGUAAAUUCAAUCAAUGCACAAAAAUAGCAAUGAUUAGCAAAGUGAAUCGUAAGGUGCCAUUUAAGCGAAUGAAUAUGGCUAUAUUAUAUUUUUAGUUUAGUCACAUUUUAGUUACUUUCAAGCGUUAGGUUUAUACAAUCCUUGUGUUCGUUCUUAUAUUAUUUUUCGUUAAAUUUCCUUACUAGCUUAGCAGUUUAUUACUUUUCAGUAAUAUUUGUUUUUAUACAUUCAACAAUACUUUGUACAUUUACAACUUUCACAUUUGUUGCUGUUUCGUUGUACAAUUUGUAAUUAAAUUACACAUAUUAUUAUAUUAACUACAUAAAUAGGUAAUAGUAAUAAAGUUUUAAUAAUUCUCAGUGUUAAAUGUUCCUAAAUUUGAACAGUGUGAAUUUUUUAACAAAACUAAGUAAUAUUUGAAAUCGAUGUUUUUAACAAUUUUUUGCUUGCCAUAAAUAGUCGUAAUACUGUAAUUAUGGAUAGCUCAACUUUACAUAGUUAUUAUGUACAAUACCUAAGCAGGCUCGUAGAGAGGCUCAUAGAAAGUUGGGACAUCCAGGCCAGCAUUGUCCUUCGUUGUAAUCUAUCUAGUUCAAUAUGCAUCACUACAGUCUAGGAUGACAUUAAGUCGCAUUCACAACUGUUAUAUUUCUUUUACUAUAAUAGCAAUAAGAAAUCUUAAGUGUUAAUGUAAACACAUAAUUUAUUGUAAAACAAUAGAUACACUUUAAGUAAUAUUAGUGCCUGCUUUACAUUAUAUUGUGUUCUUAUUGGAUAAAAGACAUAUUUUGCGUGACUUCUAACGUUUUAGGAGUAGUGUUCGGAACACGUCUAUUUACCUAGUAAUGGUCAGUGCUUUAUCGACUUUACACUAACAACUAAGAGGCUUCCUAAAGUAAUUUUAAAUGCUAAUAUGUUAUAAGAUUCUGUUGUUAUUGCUAGACACUUAAACGCUUAGCCAUUACUAUUUGUUUAGUUAAUUAGUAAGCUUAUUAUUAAAUUGGAAGACUAGUGUUUUGGUGCUAAAUUGGAACGAUGUUCGUGUUAGAGAAAUCUUAAGGGAACGAAAAAAUUCGAAAGUGGACUUAAAGUUUUGUUCGCAACAUUCCGUAUGAAGUGUUAAGUUUUUAUUUGCGUCUCGCGAUGUUCAAGUAAACCGUAGGAUUGUUGUUUUUGUCUAGUAAUUUAGUGAUAGUUUUUCUUGUUAAUUUGGGUUUGGGAAUUAAGUUAGUUGACUAACUAGGAGUAAGGUUUAUCUGAAUUCAUAUAGUAAUAGCUUCUACGUGUUUAAUUUACGAUUACAGGGAUGUGCUGCGCAGGCACCCAGCGGAUAGCACUGACGGGAAAAAUUAAGAAUUUAUUUAGAAAGUCGAAAACCUUGUCUCUGAUAAAAGCCAAAAUUUAAUAAGCGCUAUAGACUGAUUAGAGUAAGAACGCGUUUGAAUUGUACACUAUUAGGCAUAUUUUAUAGAUAAAAAAUGUACAUUAUUUACUAAAUUAAUAAUUUUAUAAAAAAAUUCGCUGUGAGAGCAAAAACAAGCGUGAGCUAUUUCGGUUUGGCAUUAGUCGAAAUUUUGUGAUUUGACAUGAUCUUUCUGUAGAAGUUUAGGUGCUAAGUUGUUUUGGGAUCUCGGAGGCCAAAGGCCUGGAAGGGCGAGACUACACCGUGUUCUAAGGAGCAGGACACAUCCCUGUCGAACUACAUUAGUUAGGAUCUUAGCAAGUUUAAGACUGUUUCUGUGACCUGUUUAAGUUUUUAUCUUUCUAACUUGUUAAGGUGUUUUUUUUCAACGCAACACGCGUGCGACUUUAUCCAAUGUGUUCUUCUUGUUGGCAUUUUUACUUAUUUUAUAAGGAAUCUAAAUUAAUUUAUUGGUUGUUGUAUUGAAAUUUUAUAUUUUUUUUUCUUAAAUUAUUAUUCUACUGUCCGUAAAGUGUAGAUUUUUGUUGACAAUUGGCAUCUGUGUAAUGCAGUCCAUUAUAUUGUUACGAUUUGUUUCUCUAAAAGAUGUGCCAAAAAUAUUGCGAGUUUUAAGUUUGUCUUCCAUUAACGGAACCGUUCGUUAUCAGAAUGACGCCAAAAUGUUUGAAACGUCUGAAAUAAUGGGCUGCACAUUAUGGAUAUUAUAUAACUAGGUAUCUAUCUAAUGAUUUACAUCACACAUUAUAUAUUAAUAAUAGUUCUUUUCCUUCCUUACUUUAUUAAAGAUACUUGACAUAACUACUCAUAAAAUGUAAUGUAAUCGUUAAACCGAACUUCAUAAAUCCUAAUAUUGAUGAUAAUGGCGUUUUUAAUAAAAACAAAUAUACAAAACUAUUGCCAGUUUUAUUGUCCGACGAGAACCGCCCCGAGACUUCUUGCUGCGGCACGCUCACGCUUCGCCACGGUCUCUGCCUCCGACUUCACUUCUGCAUGUCGUUGUUAACACAUCACCGGCCAUGUUGCUUUGCCAUCAUUUUUUAUUUAUUUAUUUUUAUUUUGUACUUACAAAUUUUUAGUUUAAUUUUAUUUCUCACUUGUUUUCACUCCGUUAACUUUGAGUUUUGAAAUAGUAAAUGCAAUUGAGAUUAGCGAUGCCCAGUUAGGCUGACGCGUGAGUCGCGAGGGGACCCACCCCCAUA